AUUCAGAGCCCAUUGCACUUUAUCCUAUGGAAUUUUGCUCAGAGGAGAACCAUGUACAGGCUUCCUGAUAGAUGACAAGUCAUUCAUUUAUCACUGUUAAACACGUGGUCUCUGUGACCACUCUUGUGCUGACCCUCAGUCUUUACGAUAAGGGCACAAGUGCUACUGCAGAAGUCCCAAGGAGGAGAGUUAGGGAGCAAUAGAAGAGCUAGUGCAGAGAGACAAUACGUCAGUUUUCAGGAGGGGAGGAAGGCAGGGAAUCCUCUGCUGUGUCAGAGUUACAUUAGAAGGAGGGUGAGCACACAGGCCCAGAAAGCAGGGAGCUGUGUGACAGAUGAAGCCCUUACAGCCAGCGGCUUGGACUUUGUCGUGAGAGAAAUAUGGAGCAACUGAAGUUACAUCCGGUGAUAAAGGCUUUCCUGUGUGGCUCCAUCAGUGGGACCUGUUCCACCUUACUUUUCCAGCCUCUGGAUCUCCUUAAAACACGCCUGCAGACUCACCAGCCCUCAGACCAUGGGUCCAGACGCGUUGGGAUGUUGACUGUACUCUUGAAGGUGGUGCGCACAGAGAGUCUUUUGGGCCUUUGGAAAGGGAUGUCCCCUUCUAUUGUGAGAUGUGUCCCUGGUGUUGGAAUCUACUUUGGUACUCUGUACUCUUUGAAGCAGUAUUUCCUGCGAGGCCAUCCUCCCAGUGCCCUGGAGUCAAUCGUAUUGGGCAUGGGCUCUCGAUCUGUUGCAGGGGUCUGCAUGUCGCCCAUCACAGUGAUCAAAACACGCUAUGAGAGUGGGAGUUACGGCUAUGAGAGCAUCUACAAAGCCCUGAGGAGCAUCUAUCGCAGCGAGGGCCACCGAGGCCUCUUCAGUGGCCUGACAGCCACCCUCCUUCGUGAUGCCCCCUUUUCAGGAAUCUACCUGAUGUUUUACAGCCAGACCAAAAACAUAGUGCUCCACGACCAGUCUGAUGUAGCCUUCAUUCCUGUUGUGAAUUUUAGCUGUGGGAUAUUUGCUGGUAUAUUGGCCUCAUUGGUAACUCAACCUGCAGAUGUUAUCAAAACUCAUAUGCAGCUCUCACCAGUGAAGUUUCAGUGGAUUGGCCAAGCAGUAACACUCAUUUUCAAGGACUAUGGGCUGCGUGGCUUCUUCCAAGGCAGCGUUCCCCGGGCCCUCCGUAGAGCUCUGAUGGCAGCAAUGGCAUGGACAGUCUAUGAAGAGAUGAUGACAAAGAUGGGCCUAAAGUCCUGACAGGAAAGAACGGGAAAGAGUGUACUGUCAUCCCGCUUAUUUGCUGCCAAGUGCUGCUUUAUGGCACUCUGCAGUCAGGUGAAGUCUUGCCUGGAGAGCCAGGCAGAAACACUGUUGCUUCAGCCUCAAUUCAGGGAGGCAGAGGGUCUGACUGGAGCCCUCAGUCUCCCAGAAGAGGAGUCACCAGUACACAUAGGCCUCUGGGGAGUUGGGACAGAGGUCAGCACACCCCACUGGACUACUGGCAAGGCAUUUUCAGAGAGAGCUUUGCCAGGUGGCCUCACCUACACUAAAGGCUCCUUCAGGAUGUGCUUGUGCAAGGAGUCAAGGUCCAGAGAAACUGGGCCUCCUGCUGCGUCUGAGGAACUGGCCUGGGGAAGACAGGAUCUGGGUAGCAUUCACGGUCAGCAGCCUGAAGAUUGUGUCUGAGGUGCUUUCCUGAAGAGGAACAGUAGUCAUUAGGGUUAGGGUUAGAGAAUGGAGGCAGUGACUUACUUGCGUCCAAAUGUACAAAGAAAAUUGUUUGAUCUUGGCCCCAGCACUAUGUCAAAUCUAAGCUAUUCUGGCAUUUUCUGUGACUAAAGUUCAGGUAAAUAAAGUAAAGCCCUUUAUUAAUGAAAGCUGUUUGGAAAUCCUAA